GGCGGGUAUUCAGAAAUUACCAUUUUGAUCUUGCACUAAUCCUUUUUCCUAACUAUCUGUGAAUGAUGUAAUCCUUGCAUGCGAUAACGAUCUGUAGACAAGGCAAUAGAGGGUCGUCACUAUCAUCGUAGUGUUAGACUCCACAAGCAAUCAUUUGAAGCACUCCUGCAUUUCAGUAUCAAGCAGCUAGCCAGUUUGCACGUUCUUGAUAAUCAUUUGAAGCAAUCAAUUGCAGACUUACGGGUAAAUCAGUCUCCAGUAACGCUUACAUCAGUCUUGGCACAACCUGCAUUUCAGCUCCUCUUCGAGAAUGCAAUAUUAAAUCAUAACGAAACGCAAGCGAAGAUGAUUGUGCAGUAUCUUAAAGAUGUUUCGGCAAUGCUAUGUCUGAUAAGUUCAGUAAGGGAAAAUACAAUUGAGCGGCAUCUUGCAGCCGAGAGGGCAUUGAUACCCAAGUGUUUUGCAUUUGGCCAUCCGAAUUAUGCGCGGUAUCUUUCAUUCCAGCAUGUCAACCUUCUAGACAUCAAGAGGAACCAUGCAACAAUUUGGCAAGACCUGUUGGAAAACGAAUAUGGCGGAUCGGUCUCUUGCGAGUCAUUUUCUACCAUGCAUGGCGAGUUAAUUACAGAGAUGACAAUAAACAGAGAGGUAACAGCCAGAGGAGGCCCAAUGCAAGGAGGCUUCAGCACAGAUAUAACUGCUGUAGACACCUUCAUGAAAACAAGUCACUUUAUAGCAAACUUACGGAUGAAGCUGAAAGAGAGGUUGAGAGUAUUUACAACGUCGUCACACAAGGAAACAAGUGUAGGCGCUCGAAAGAAGCACGAAAUAAUGAUACAAAGCCUUAUCAACAAAUUGGACAGCUACUUUGACCCUUUUUUGGCUAGUCCCGCCCGACAUUUUAAAACUGGCUGCCAAAUUGAUGAAGCAGUUAAAACAGGUCUUUUGUUGUCAACCCAAAUGGUAAAUGAAAUAUUUAAAGAAUUUUUUCAAAAAAGGCUGAAAAACGCUAAUGACAGGGCCAGCAUUUUCGAAAGAGUUUGUAACCCCAAACUGAAAACAGGUCUGGAAAAAGUGAAGAAAGUGCCAAAGAUAAUAAGCAGCUUGAAGGAAGAUCGGCAAGCCUUUGGUGCAAUGAUAGGCAAAAAUAAGUCCACAGAGGAAUUGCUUUCAUAUCCACUCGCCAGUGUUCCCUUAGCUCUAGCAUCGCCAGAUGGUGAUCUUAGACAAGGCUCAAAAGCUGCACUAAGAAAACAUCUAAUUGAAGAAGCAAAUGCUUCGACGACACAACCAGAAACGGGGGCAUUUUGGAUCGUGGAUGGUAUGGCUGUUGUAAGGACGAUUCUACGUAAAAAUACAUGGGGUGAGUACGCAACAGCAUUCUUCAGUUUUUGCACACCAAGUAGAGACUCGUCUCCUUUAAGGUUAGGCAUUAUCUUUGAUUGCUACAAAGAAAGCAACAUAAAACAGCUACCACAGUUGCGCCGUGGAAUGCCAGGAAGACGGACCUUUAUAACAAGCCCCCAGCAAAAUAUGCCCAGGCAGAGUGAAUGGAACUCUUUUCUACACAACCCCGAAAAUAAAACUGAGCUGAUCCACUUUCUCGUCAAGAGAACCGGUCACGUCUCAUCAGAAUACCAACAAUUAUUACAGAAAAUGAGAAGUCAUGGCUUCUAACAACCACAAGCAUCACCGAAUUAGAGGACUGUAAUCAUUUCGAAGCUGACACCCGUCUAAUCUAUGUUGCUACCCAAGUCGACGAUAUGCCCGUCAUUAUUAGCGCAACAGACACCGACGUCCUGGUUUUGAUGGUGCAUAUCUAUUCAUGGAGAGAUAUUGAUCGACCAUGGCAAAUGAAAAUCGACCAUCAAAAUUUCGUCAACGUUGCCGCAAUUGCUGAUCACAUCGGUUCGGAAGCAUGCAAUGUCUUACCAGCUUUUCACAGCAUAACUGGAUGUGACACGACAUCAUUUCCAUUUAGAGUUGGUAAAGUUGCCCCAUGGAAAAAGCUGAUGAAAAUGCGUUUAUAUGACCUUCUUUCGACAUUUGGCUGCAGAUUUCUGACGGAUGAUAGCCUGCUAGCAGCCAAAGAAUCCUUUCGAAGUAUCAUGUAUAAUGGAGAAAUAAAAGAAAGCUACCUAGAUACAAGAGUAAGAAUAUACCAAAAGCAAAAAUUGAAGUCUAGUGAGGGAAUAAUUCCGGAUGAAAACAGUGCCAUGCAACACCUUAAGCGAAGUUGGCUGCAAUGCUAUGUUUGGUGUCAUUGUACUGAGAGUCAAAUUGAUUUCCCUACCAUUGACGAAACUUUUGGUUGGAGUCAGAAUGUCGGUUUCAUCAAGCCAUUGUGGUAUUCGUGCAGCCAGUUUCCACCAGAUAUGACAGACAUUAACGAAGAGGCAGAAAUUUAUGACCCAGGAGUGCAUUUAGAUGGAGAGAUUUGAUCGCGCGAUGAACAGGAACCCCCAGAAAAACGAAUCAGAACAAAAGAGGCAGAAGAACGGAAUGUGGAAGUCGAGAGUCUGUUUACGACUUUGACUUCAGAAGAUGAAUUUGAUGAAACAGGAGAAAAAGAUGAAGAACAAGAGAAAGAAGCAAAGGAAGAAGAUAAUUAUGAAGAUGACUGGGAUUCAGACAGCAGUUUUGGGGACCUUCACUAACAAUACUGCUUUGCACAGAAAAACAUUUGUUUUGUUGGCAGAAGGACCAUAUCAUUAGUUAGAAUAUUUCUUGUGGCAGAAUGCACCAUUUUUCAAAUCUACCAUUAUGUGUUUCAUCUGGUAUCGACUAUAGCGACUUAAAGCACAUCAAAACAUCUUCGUAUCCAAAUACUCGGCAAAAAAGGAUAUGUGCAAGCAAAAUUCUGAAUACCCGCCAUAUUGAAUUUAUGCCGCCAUUAUGAAGGGAAAUGGUAAAAGAUAAUUACUACAGAAUAUUUACAAAAAGAUAUAGUUAUCUGCUUGAAGAUAUCAAAAACUUGCGCUUGAUGUAAGAAUAUGCCUAUUUAAUUCUUAAAUUGUUAAAAGUUAAAAGUCCGCCAUUUUGCAACUGAGCCACCAUUUUGAAAAUAAGGAAAAAAUUCAAAAGUCCCCAAGUGAAAUUUGAUUCUGCAAUGUCUAGCGGCCCUAAAAUCGUUUUCAGAACUUUGACUGGACAAUUUUUCCGAUUUUUCUCUUUUGGGACCUGUCUAUAAGGGCCUGUUUAUAUGAGCAAAGUUAUCCCACCUUCAAGCAUAUGGGCUGGCAAGUGGGAUAAAAUCACCGCAUGUUUACAUGCAAAUUUCAUCCUACCUUCCAGCAUGUUGCUUCUUUUUUAGCUCUCCUCCCAGCUGUCCUUCAGGCAUGUGAAUGGAAAUGGGAAUGCAAUGGCCUAUCUGCAUCAAAAUCCAAUCCUUGGAACGCGAGCUUGAACUUGUAUUUGUAAUUCAAGCAAUUUAACAAAUGGCGGACCUUCUCAUUGGUGGGAUAAUUUUGCUCAUAUAAAACAGGCCCUAAAAAUGGUUAAACGGUAUCAAAUGCAAAAUGCAGGAAGGCUUAUGGAGACCAACUUGAAUGUACAUUGCCACCAGUGGCGGCGCCAGUUACUUCUGGCUGGGAGGGUAAUUGGCGUGGUCCGUGAGACCACGCCCCUUUUGCCUCGUUUUAGUCCUUUGCACCAAGUUGAUUUUCUUCGGAAAAUUUAUGAACUACCUCUACCUAGCGUCUUUCAAUCCGUUAUUAGAAGAAAUAUGUAGACCAUGUUUUGG